AUGGCUGGCGCUAUAGGGUGCUCAAGCGCGGGAAAGCGCGUGCGCAUAUACAUCGUGAAGCGCGGGAAAGGUACGCGCGCAUGGCGCGCGUUGCGCGGGAAAGCUGCGCCUCAUAUAGAGAUAGCUGCAGGUAGCACACAGAGUGAUGCUACAAGUUCAUGCCAUGUACUCCCCAAUGCAUUUGGCUUCCUCGAUCCAGGGCAAGUCAUCAGAGGGGCGCAUUUGAUUCCGGCAUUUGCAUCUGGACGUGGUAUAAGUUCGCUCCGCUACGGGAAUUCACUGGCACGUCCUCGGGGGGAGCUAGACAAUUGGGAGGAACACUAUGUCGGGAUAUUCGUUGAUAGAGACAUGUUCAUUCGCUAUACUCACUUUGGUAUCGGUCAUUCAGCCAUGAUUCGGAGAAUCACAUGGGAUGCUCUUGGUAUGGUAGAUUCAACUGUAAGGACCGAAGCCAUGGAUGUUCAAGUUGUAGAUGGCGAGGAGGAUAUGGACGCUGGCGAAGAUGAACAAGAGGACAUCGGUGAUGAGGAUGAUGAAGAACUCGAUGAAGAGGAAGAACUCGACGAAGAGGAAGAAUUCGACGAAGAGGAAGAACUCGACGAUGACAUUAGUGAAGAAGGGGACUUAGAGGGAACAUCGGACAGCGAGGGGCAUGACGAUGAGGACGAGUUCGAGGAUCAUCUCUCUUUCUAA